ACGUGCGCGGUGGGCAGAGAACAACAACGCACAACAAAAAAUAUAAAAAAGAAACAAUAAGAGGCGCGAAAGAACGUGUGUUUAAACUAGCCAAGAACCAGCAGUGGGAACUAGGAGAAUUCAAAUUAAAGACACACCAGCCGUGUGUGUGUGUGGGUGUUGUUCUCAUUGCAGUUUCAUUUUCUAAUAAGCAGUAAACGAGUGUAAAACGCGGCAGUUGAAAAAGUUUCAAUUUCUAACUCGCUUUUGGUUCACACGCUCUCGCUCUCUAUAUAUAUAUAUUUAUAUAUACAUAGCUCGCUCUCUUUGUGCUUUUUGCGGCUGCGCAACGACAAGUGCGAAAAGUGCUAAAGUAGAAAGUGUUAGUCGUAGAUAGAGAGUAAAGGAUUUAAUUCCUUUCAACGCGUUAUAGUGCAAGUUUGUAACCGUGGCGAAAGAAUUGGCCAACUUGUUAACGUUACAAGAAGAAAAUCGAGCCGAGAUGACACAACAACCACAAUGGGGCAUAAAUUUAUCAAGGUUUUUUUGCAUACCACAGCGUGUGGUAUUGGCCAUCAUGGGCUUUCUGGCCAUCCUGAAUGCCUAUACGAUGCGCGUGUGCCUCUCACAGGCGAUCACAGUGCUGGUCAUUAAGAAGAAUCAAACGGAGGAGGGCGUAAGUCACGCGAUUUGUGAGGCUGAUGAUUUGGAUAAUGGCGCCGCUGGCUCUAGUGGCAUCUAUCCCUGGUCGGAGGAGCUGCAAGGACUUAUUCUGUCAUCGUUCUACAUUGGUUAUAUUGUUACUCACGUGCCGGGCGGUCUGCUCGCCGAGAAAUUCGGCGGCAAAUGGACCCUGGGCUUGGGUAUUCUGUCGACUGCUGUGUUCACCAUGCUAACGCCGCUGGCUAUACAAAAGGGAGGCUCCGAUUGGCUGAUUGUGACACGCGUGCUGAUGGGUCUGGGCGAGGGCACAACCUUUCCGGCUUUGAGUGUGCUGCUGGCUGCUUGGGUGCCGGCAAACGAGCGCGGCAAACUUGGCGCUCUGGUCUUGGGUGGCGGUCAAGUGGGCACCAUAUUGGGUAAUAUGGUAUCUGGUGUUUUGCUGGAUGCUUACGACUGGCCCUGGGUAUUCUACUUCUUUGGCGGUCUGGGUGUCAUCUGGUUUGUCAUCUUUAUCUUCCUUUGCUUCAGCGAUCCCAGCUCCCAUCCCUUCAUCAAGCCAAGCGAGCGCGAAUAUUUGGUCAAGGAAAUCGGCACAAUUGGCCGCAACGAGAGUCUGCCGCCCACACCGUGGAAGGCUAUACUCACCAGUCUGCCCAUGAUGGCUUUGGUCUCGGCUCAAAUCGGCCACGAUUGGGGCUUCUAUAUUAUGGUUACUGAUCUGCCCAAGUAUAUGGCUGAUGUGCUGCAGUUCAGCAUCAAGGCCAAUGGUCUUUACUCCUCGCUGCCUUAUGUCAUGAUGUGGAUCGUCUCCGUGGGCAGCGGCUUUGUCGCCGAUUGGAUGAUCCGUCGUGGCAUUAUGAAUACAACAAAUACGCGUAAGGUAAUGACGGGUCUGGCGGCCUUUGGACCAGCUAUCUUCAUGGUGGGCGCCUCCUAUGCUGACUGCGAUCGUGUGCUUGUCGUUGUGCUCUUUACCAUCUGCAUGGGUUUGAUGGGCGCCUACUAUGCGGGCAUGAAGCUGAGUCCGCUGGACAUGAGUCCCAACUAUGCCGGCACAUUGAUGGCCAUUACCAAUGGCAUUGGCGCUAUCACAGGCGUAAUUACUCCGUAUCUGGUGGGCGUAAUGACGCCCAAUGCAACGCUGCUGGAAUGGCGUCUGGUCUUCUGGGUCGCCUUUGGUGUGCUCUUCGUCACCGCAAUUGUCUACUGCAUCUGGGCCUCGGGUGAUGUGCAGCCCUUCAAUGAUCCGCUACCGCGCAGCGUUGACUUUGAGGCCGAGGAGCGCAAGCCGCUGCCCAAGCCAAAGUCGCUGGAGCAUAGCUCCUAGGCCUGCCAACUAGUUAAGCCCAGUGCCAUAAUUAGCACAUUAAUUAACUGCUGUGCUCUAGUUCUUGUAGUAUGUGUUUUUAUUAUUCGAACUUGUUGCUUGCUGCUUGUUUGUGUAAAUAGCGUUUAAUUCUUUAGAGAUAAAGUUGAAUUUAUUCAUUUGUUGUUAAAGAAUGCGCAAACAAUGCUAUUGCUAGUUUUAUACGCAAUUCUAAAUCGAGCCAAGUGUAUUAAGCUGGCGGCACUUAAAUUAAGCGAAUUUAUCUUAUGCACACACAUAUACCUAUAUGUAUAUAUCUAUAUAUAAUUGCUAACCCUAUCCGAAGCCCCAUCCCCAACACCUAACCUCACACCCCAUUUUAAACUCUCUUACUUAUUAUUUAGUAUUUAAGUGCCAAGCAACGAAACACUUAAAAAUUCUUAAAAUUCACCGCUAUGCUAGUGAAAUUUUUUAUUAAUAUGUAAAGCCAGUUGGAAUGUAAAAAG